AUGUGUAUAGCAGUCAAGAAGACUGAAGGAGGAAAAUCGGCAGACCAAAAGGUGGGUGCGGGUGUGGGUGAAGUUGAUGAGGAAGCACCUCUGCUUCAGUCAUCGUCACCAGAAAAGACCGGAAGGGUUAAGCCUGAGGAUGCAGAUAAUCUAACCGCAUUCAUUAUUUUCUGGUUCUCCACCCCAAGCGUCCAACUGGGCUCAUUUUCUGCUGACCCCUUCAGCAUCGACGUUUCUGCUACAAACCCUAAAAUAACUGCUCACUGGAACAUCACUUUCUUCUUCACAAACCCUUAUGGCAGCGGCAGGCUAAUUUAUCGCAAGCUCGACGCCGAGGUCUUUUACAAGAAUGCGUUUCUUGGAGGCGCGUUCAUCGACCCUUUUGUGCAGCAGCCAGAGGAGACCAAGUUGGUGCUGGUCGUCGUGGUUGCUUCUCCCACGGUUGUCAGCAAUCAGAUAGCGAAAGCCAUUGAUGCAGAAAAGAGCACAACUGGAGCUGUAAGUUUCAACGUGAAAAUCCAAGCAAUCCUCCGUAUGAAAGGAGGUUGGGAAUGGAUUUUUAGUGGCCUUAAAAAAUAUGAAGUUUCUGUCGACUGUGAAAAGUUGAAGGUUCCAUUCAAUUCAUCAAACACAACAGCAACGGCUGGAUCAAUCUCGCCAGGAGGCCCACGCAAAUGCUUUUUUCAAUGGAAGUAA